AUGGCAUCGUCUAAUACAUUGCCUGCCAGCAAUCACCAGCACUACGAGACCAAGGCACUGGCCCAGCAUAAAGACGAACAAUGCCUCACCCACCUGCAAGCAACCGACCCCCGCCACGACAAGGACAAUAUCGAGUUAAGAAAGGGUGGUCUCCUCAGAGAGUCAUACUGCUGGGUUCUCAGUCAUGACAAUUUCCACCGAUGGCGCGACAACCGAGAUGGCCAGUUGCUCUGGGUUAGAGGCGAUCCUGGCAAGGGCAAAACGAUGUUGCUCUGCGGAAUAAUUGAUGAGCUGGAGAAAGACACUGCGCGCACAGACAACAUCGCGUUUUUCUUCUGUCAGGCCACGGACGAUCGCCUCAGCAAUGCUACAGCGGUCCUCCGUGGGCUGAUCUACCUGCUUGUGACCAAGCAGCAGCCGGAACUUAUUUCACACGUUCGCGAAAGCUGCUAUGGUUUGGGGAAAGAGGGCUUCCAAGGCCCCACUUCAUGGGUGGUAUUGUCAAAGAUUUUUACCAACAUUCUCGAAGACCCGAAGUUACGGGGAACAUAUCUAAUCAUUGACGCGCUUGACGAGUGUACUGGAGACCGGGACCUGCUUCUCGACCUUAUCGCAAGCAAGUCAUCAGCAUACCCGAAAGUUAAGUGGCUCGUAUCCAGUCGCAACUGGCCGGAUAUCGAGGAGAGUCUCAACACCGCAACACAGAAAAUAAACCUACGUCUUGAGCUGAAUGAAGAGUCUGUCUCCGCUGCUGUCACCACAUAUAUCCAGUCCGAAAUAGAUAAGCUUGCGAAGCGGAAAAAAUACAAUAACGAUACGCGGGACGCUGUCAAGCGCUAUUUGGAUACGAACGCACAUGGGACCUUCCUCUGGGUAGCGUUGGUCUGUCAAGAGCUCGCCAAGAUCUCGAGAUGGGAAGCUGUGGAGAUAUUAACAACAUUUCCGCCUGGGCUCGAUGCAAUCUAUGAACAGAUGAGGGACAAGAUCAACAAGUCGAGGAAUGCUAAACUUCUCCAAAGAAUACUGGCUGUCAUCUCGGUCGUAUACCGACCUAUCACAUUAAACGAACUACCGGCCCUCGUGGAUAUGCCAAACUGUUCCUCUGGAAAUGUCGAGGAUCUAACAGAGAUCGUAGGGCUUUGCGGCUCUUUCCUGACACUGCGCCAACACACGAUAUCAUUCGUCCACCAAUCCGCUAAAGACUUCCUACUCAGCAACGGCACGCACCAAGAUUCACGCGACGUUGUUAAUUGGGUUUUCCCUCAAGGGAAGGACGAUGUACACGAUAGCAUCUUCUCAAGGUCGCUAAGUGCGAUGUCUACGAUAUUGCACCGCGACAUAUACGGUUUAAAGUUACCGGGAUUCCCAAUCAACGGGGUUCAAACGCCAUGUCCAGACCCGCUAGCCACAGUCCGGUAUUCGUGCGUCUUCUGGGUUGACCAUCUCCGCGAGUCGAUUUCUGAUAAAGACACGCCACAACGCAACACACUGGUUGCGGUCCAGACAUUCCUUGAACAGAAGUAUCUUUGCUGGCUCGAAGCUCUCAGUUUACUCCGAGCUAUGUCGGAGGGUGUCAUUGCCAUAAGAAAACUUGAGGGCCUACUAGAGCGAACUCAUCAAAGGCAACUAACAACCUUUAUUCGGGAUGCGCACCGGUUCGCUCUCUCCUACAGAUGGAUAAUCGAGCAAGCCCCUCUUCAGGCGUACACAUCAGCCCUCGUAUUUGCACCGCUUAGUAGUCUAAUGAAGAAGAGAUUUAAGACGGAAGAACCUAGCUGGAUCAGUGUAAAGCCAGUAGUAGAAGCGGACUGGAAUGCGUGCCUCCAGACGCUCGAAGGCCAUAGCGACUCGGUUACCUCGGUCGCCUUUUCGGCGGAUGGCCAGCGGCUCGCAUCCGGUUCACGGGACCAUUCCGUCAAGAUCUGGGAUCCCGCCUCGGGCCAAUGCCUCCAGACGCUCCAAGGCCAUAGCAACUUGGUUACCUCGGUCGCCUUUUCGGCGGAUGGCCAGCGGCUCGCAUCCGGUUCAUGGGACCGUACCGUCAAGAUCUGGGAUCCCGCCUCGGGCCAAUGUCUCCAGACGCUCCAAGGCCAUAGGAACUGGGUUAACUCGGUCGCCUUUUCGGCGGAUGGCCAGCGGCUCGCAUCCGGUUCACGGGACCGUACCGUCAAGAUCUGGGAUCCCGCCUCGGGCCAAUGUCUCCAGACGCUCCAAGGCCAUAGCGGCUCGGUUACCUCGGUCGCCUAUUCGGCGGAUGGCCAGCGGCUCGCAUCCGGUUCACACGACCGUACCGUCAAGAUCUGGGAUCCCGCCUCGGGCCAAUGUCUCCAGACGCUCCAAGGCCAUAGCGGCUCGGUUACCGCGGUCGCCUUUUCGGCGGAUGGCCAGCGGCUCGCAUCCAGUUCACACGACCGUACCGUCAAGAUCUGGGAUCCCGCCUCGGGCCAAUGCCUCCAGACGAUCCAAGGCCAUAGCGACGAGGUUAACUCGGUCGCCUUUUCGGCGGAUGGCCAGCGGCUCGCAUCCGGUUCAGACGACCGUACCGUCAAGAUCUGGGAUCCCGCCUCGGGCCAAUGCCUCCAGACGCUCCAAGGCCAUAGCGACUGGGUUACCGCGGUCGCCUUUUCGGCGGAUGGCCAGCGGCUCGCAUCCGGUUCACGGGACCGUACCGUCAAGAUCUGGGAUCCCGCCUCGGGCCAAUGCCUCCAGACGCUCCAAGGCCAUAGCGACGAGGUUAACUCGAUCGCCUUUUCGGCGGAUGAUCUAAGGGCGCAUGGUGCCAGUGGUCAAUACUGCGACGCCAUCGUGGCCACCUGGAAGAACCGUGACAACUACACGGACGCCCAGAAAUGUUCCGACUGUGAACUCGGCCUGGGUAAGGCGCAGCUCUCGUCCCCCUUCGGAUACGACGCCGAAGCGGCGGCAGGCUUCUUUUCCUUGACCCAGAGCAGCAAAAAGACCGGGUACAACUACGCGACCCCCACCUCAUACGCUCUCAACUCCGCUGGGAUGGCACCGCCGCCGCAGCGCACCCGUAGCAUAGGUACUCAAUACGUCGUCAAGGCUGGCGAUACUUGUCGGACCAUCGCGGGACUGGCCGGGGUUGGAUCCUACCAGCUGAUCAACGAGAAUGGCCUCGACCUUAGCUGCAAUCUUUUGCCGCCUGCGGGUGAGUCCAUCUGCAUGCCGGAGAAAUGCGAGACGUUUGAGUUGGUGGUGGAUCAAACCUGCGACGACAUAAUGAAGGAGUAUGGCAUGACCAAGGCGCAAUUUGCUGGCCUGGAAUCCCUUCAUAAACCCGUCGUGCAGGAAUCUUGGAGACUGGAGAGGCUGGUUUCUUUACGCCAGGUCCAACCUGAUGAAUAUUGUCAGAUGAUAUCCCUCAAGUUCAGCAUUUCCGUUGAUGACUUCUACUUUCUCAACCCAAAUCUCGACAAAAACUGCACCAAUUUGUGGAAAGACACAGCCUACUGUGUCAAACCGGUCGGAAACAUUGUGACGUACCCAGGCUACAAGACAUCGACUGCCUCCACCAGCUUCACUUGCCCAACCCCACAGCCCACAGCAUCGGCGGCACCUAUCCCCAUACGUACUCUGCACCCCAAAGCGCCGGGGACAGUGAAUGAAUGUUUUCUUCACAGGAAUGCCUGGGAAAGCUCCUUCAUGGCAAAUAAUCCACUUUUCGCGGGCGGCAACAACUGCACCUCGUGGGCCAGUGUCGGCGACGUCACUAUCCAACAACUUUUGGAGUGGAACCCCAGUUUGUCCGCAACCAAGUGCGAGUUCAAGCCCGGAUCGAGCUACUCCUUCUUCAACUGUACCCAAUUCCCACUCAACUUCAACAUCACCCUCUCCACUGUCCUCACCCUCAACCCAUGGCAUGGCUCCACCCCCACGACCUGCAACCAAAACCUCUGGACCCGUAUGAACAUGGAUGGCUUCAUCCAACUGUGUGUCGAGCGAGCUGGCACCGGCACUCCCUCCCCCGCCACGACAAGCAAAGCCUCCAUCUCUACUCCCACCAAGCCACCCACCUCAACGCAGAGACCAACCACCGCCACAUCAAGCAUCACAAAACCACCCGCCUCAACAGCAGCCCCGAACCCCCCAGCGCCAACCCAACCAGGUGUUAGCCCCUCCUGCAAGAAAUGGCACGUCGUUGUAGGUGGAGACGGCUGCUGGGCAAUCUCCAACCAGUACAGCAUCGCCCUGGAGGAUUUCUACAAGUGGAACCCCGGCGUGAGGAGCGAUUGCGGUGCGCUGUGGAAAGAUUACGCCGUUUGCGUUGGGGUUUGAAAAGCAGGUUUGUUCAGUUGCGUGCCUGUUUUCAUCGGCAGGUUCUCUCACAAACGGGUUCGACGGAUGGUAUGGAUACCAGCAGACGCUUUUCAUGCUUCUACCUCUUGCACCCAGCUACGUUCAAUGCUGCCCCAAUAACUCAUGCCCAGUGUGUGAGCACCGGUGAAAACCGGCAUGUAUUAUUCACCCACCCGCCUGCCCCCCCCACACGUCCUUGCAUCAUGUCCUCUCUCCUCAAUACUCAAAAGCAUCAGGCCGAAUUGUGCAACCCCCACAACUCCCAACACCUCGGUCUCCCCGCCCCUUUUUCUGCAACCAAAUCUGCAACCCCUUUCCCAAUACCACAAAGCCCGAAACCCCCCCGCAAAAGGGCCACGCCGCACACUCCGCCCGCCCGCCUCUGCUACACACGACUGAAACUCUCCCCAACCAAAUGCG